AUGGUUCUGAUCAAAUCUAAUUUUGUGACGCUUUGCGUUCGCAUAAUGGAUAAUGGAGGACAAGUGGACAACGGAGUUCUAUCAGUAAGCUUGAGUUGGCUUCUGGAAGGCACUUCUUCCCAAGUUCCACAGGAGAAGGAUUGGUGGGAAACGGCACUGUUUUAUCAAAUAUACCCACGAUCGUUUUACGAUACCGAUGGUGACGGCGUUGGAGAUAUAAAAGGAGUUACGGCCAAACUGCAGUAUCUGAAGGAUACCGGCAUCGAUGCCACAUGGUUGAGUCCGGUUUUCAAGUCUCCACAGCGUGAUUUCGGUUACGAUAUAAGCGAUUUUCUUGAGGUUGAUCCACUGUUCGGAACGAAUGAAGAUCUGGAGGAGCUGUUUACGGAAGCGAGAAAGUUAGGCAUUAGGAUUAUUCUUGAUUUUGUCCCGAACCAUUCCAGUAUCGAGCACUGGUGGUUCAUCCAAUCCGAACUGGGAGUUGAGCCGUACAAGGAUUACUACGUUUGGCAUCCGGGCAAACCGGUACCCGGCCAGGACAAACCGGAUGUACCGAACAACUGGAAUUCCGUGUUUUAUGGCUCAGCUUGGGAAUGGAGCGAUAUAAGGAAAGAAUAUUAUCUACAUCAAUUCGAGGUAGGACAACCGGAUUUAAACUAUAGGAACGAAGCGGUUAUUGAAGAAUUUGAUGAAAUUCUACGAUUCUGGAUGUUGAAAGGUGCCUCCGGUUUUCGUGUGGAUGCCAUUAAUCACAUGUUUGAGGAUGAUCUUUUCCGUGAUGAACCAAUUGUAGAUCCGUCGGAUCCGUUAAGCUAUGGUUAUACGAACCAUCAGUACACAAAUAGUCUGAUGGAGACAUAUAACGUGGUAGGACACUGGAGACGAGUUAUUGACAAUUUCACCGCAGAACACGACGUGGAAACGAUCAUAAUGAUGACUGAAGCUUACACCAGCUUGGAGAACACAAUGCUCUACUAUGAAUCUCCUGAUGGAAUCGAACAAAGAGCUAACUUUCCGUUCAAUUUUGCCAUGAUCACUGACUUAAGUGCAGAAUCUAAAGCUUCUGAUUUUAAGUACGUCAUUGAUCGCUUCUUGGAGAAUAUGCCCCGGGGAAAAGUUACUAAUUGGGUCCUUGGAAACCACGAUCAGCCACGCGUCGGGAGUCGUUACGGCAUCGAGCGUAUUGAGGGAAUGACACUUAUGUUGCUAACUCUACCGGGUGUGGCAGUCACAUACAACGGAGAGGAAAUUGGAAUGGUGGACUAUCGGGAUAUAUCCUACGAAGAUAGCAGAGAUCCUCAGGGCUGCAAUGUAGGACCCGAAGAAUACAAAUGGAAAUCAAGAGACCCUCAACGGACUCCGUUCCAAUGGGAUGAUUCCUAUAAUGCAGGCUUCUCCAACUCCAGCAAAACUUGGCUUCCCAUUAAUCCCUACUAUCGUCAAACUAACCUUCUUAAGCAACUGGAAGCCGAUUACAGUACCUACAAAUUCUACGUAGAUGCGGUGAAGUUACGAAAGAAUGCAAUCUUCACACAUGGUCACUUUAAAUCGCGAGCUCUAACCGAAAAUGUAUUUGCCUUUGUUCGCUACCUGAAGGAUACAGAAAAACCGGCAGAUCUACAAGAAUCCUACUUCAUAACCGUGAUUAAUUUAUCAAACAAGAAAACGACAAUUAAUCUUCUGGAUCUAUUUCAAGCGAAAAAUCGGUCCGUUAUUAGACUUACCGGAACGGAUUCUCACUAUCAAAUUACCCAGCAAAUUGAUCCAUCAAAUGUGUCACUUGAUCCAUUCGAAUCACUGUUGAUAGCAGAUUCUUCCGCAAACAGUUGGGCAUUUGCGAGCUCAAUAACAAUAAUAUCAUUGCUGGUAACGUACCUGAUUUUUCUCCAUCAACGCAAGGUGUGCAUUACCAAUUAA